UCCGAAGUUCUUCAUUUCUAAUUAUGAAAUUUAGUAUUUAAGCUCAUCAAAUCCAACCACUAGUUUAUAUACUAAUUGAUAUUAGUGUUAAUAUAUUACACUAAUAAGAAAUAAUUGGUAGCUUCUUAGGUAGCAUAACAAUUGAAACUUGAAAGUAACAGUCUAACAACAGAUCGUUAAGGAGACCAAACCAACAGAACAGAGUAACAGAGAGUUAGCAGUGCAACAAAGAGGAAGAAAAGUUGAAACAUUUUCAGACAGUGGCAUGUGGGAAUCUAUUCUGUUAACGGUGGCUGCCACCGCUGGCAACAACAUCGGAAAGAUCCUUCAGAAGAAGGGCACUAUCAUUCUUCCACCUCUCUCUUUCAAACUCAAGGUCAUAAGGUCUUAUGCUUUAAACAAAACCUGGGUGGUAGGUUUUCUAAUAGAUAUAUUUGGGGCAUUAUUGAUGCUAAGGGCAUUGUCUCUGGCUCCAGUCUCUGUCAUCCAACCAGUUUCUGGCUGUGGACUAGCAAUUCUUUCAAUCUUUUCUCAUUUUUAUCUCAAGGAAGUCAUGAAUGCUGUUGAUUGGGUUGGCAUUACAUUAGCAGGUUUUGGCACAAUAGGAGUUGGUGCUGGAGGUGAGGAGCAAGAGGUGGUUGCUCUAUCUAUUUUUCACAUACCAGGGCUGGCAUUUAUUGUUUUCAUCUUGUUUAUACUUCUUAGUGGAUGGCUUCGAAUAUGCAAGCGCCAACGAAGAGAACAAGAGAUGAUGGAAUAUGACGUCGUUGAGGAAGUCAUCUAUGGCUUUGAAUCUGUUUUGUUUACACCUAAAUGCAGGAUGUCAUCUGUAAUAUCAAAGAUGGGAUUUCUAUUCCUAGAGCAAGGCUUUCCCAAGCUGUUGGUUCCUAUGUGCAUCAUGAUCAGCGUGUGUUGUAGUGGCACAGGCAUUUACUACCAGACACGUGGUCUAAAGCAUGGGAGGGCUAUUGUAGUUUCCACAUGUGCAGCUGUGGCCUCAAUUUUGACUGGUGUUCUUGCUGGGAUGCUUGCUUUGGGUGAACGACUUCCUUCGGAGCCAAAAGCUCGCUUGGCACUUCUUCUUGGAUGGCUACUUAUUAUUGUUGGUGUGAUUUUACUUGUUGGUUCUACACGGUUAGUAAGAUUCCUUUCUUGUUCUUCACGACAAAAAAGAAGCAAUGUGGAGAAGAAUUUUGGCCUUAGAGGAGCCUCUUCUUCCCGUGUGAGAGAACCAAGUCCAAGUGCUGUCAUUCAAGCAGCAACAUUAAAUCAUUUACUAUCAUCAUCUUCCAAAGAAAAAGCUUGAGUUGACAUGAGCUGGAUAAUGUUCCUUCAUCCCCAGGAUUUCUAAGCAUUAAGUUGCUUUCUAAUCCGUCUGCCAAGGCCAAUUCUGUAUAUUAUAGUGGCGCUUCUUCAGAGGGCAUGACAUUUUGGUGAUCAUUCAUUGCUUCUGGCUCACACAUUUUGGAUGAAAUGUUUGUUAACUUCAGAUGCCACCUUGUAAAAACUAUUCAUGAACUUACACUAUUUUUGCUUUCAAGGAUUGUAUAUGACAGUGAUGAUAGCAUACCAACAUACAAAAUUUGUUUUACUUGCACUUAAACAAAUUGGUAAACAGUUUAUUCGUAUGCAGUUGGGAUCUUUGCCUAUA